AUGCCUGGAGGAGGGGUGCAACUACUCCUGCAGCUCGAGCAGGAGCAAAAGGAACAACGCCUUUCAGCACAGCAUUACUUGUAUCCUCGACCCGAGCCCGCUCAACAUACACCACGCCAACAGCAUCAUUACCAGAAGCAGCAAUUCCUCAGCCCGCAGGCAAACCCGCCGCCAUCGAUUCCGCUACCGCCGUUGCCGCCGGCAAUGAGGAAGACACGAGGCUCGGCCGCGGCUGGAGAGGAAAGCGCAGGGUCGGACAAGGAGCGGGAAGGUGCAGCUGCUGCAUCAACAACAACAACAAUCGGACUUUCAGGCGACCCUCGGGCGCGCGCAGCCACGGGAAUCCCUCGAUCCGUCACGUCGUCGCCGUCAAUUCCUACUCUGCGCACUCAGGCAUCCUCGCCGUCGCCGUCGGUCUCGCGAGUGCCGACUCCCAACUUGCGCAAGACGAUCAGCAUCGAAGCCUUUCCGCGACCCCCUGGCAGUGGCAGCGCCAGCCCCCUUGCGCAAUUCUCGUCGUCCAGCCCUCAAUCCACGAGUCCUCUCAUAUCAACUUCCUAUUCUUCGUCGAGUCCGCACCUACCGCUAUCACCCCUACAACCUCCUACCGCACUUCGUAGACUGCAAUCCAAGCAAUCUCUCCGCAAUCUACCUUCAAAGACAUCAACUGCAUCUCUCCGCACAAUUCCUACCAGCGCCGUCCGUACUUCCAAGAGCGACAGCCUCCUAAGCAUACCAUCUCCACCUGGAAGCCGUUCAUCGUCUGCGCCAGUUUCCCCGGCCACGCCUCUGACACCCGACACGCCCGUGGUCGACGGCUCUAUGGCCGAGAUACUCAAUGGAGACAAGGACAAAGAAGCAAAGGGAAACAUUACUGUCAGUGUUCGCGUAAGGCCCGAUGCUGCCGCAGACACUCAGCCAGAUGGUGAAUGGCUGGUCGAUGGCAGACGCUCUCUUAUAAGUUACGAGAGUGGAGAACAUCGCUAUGAUAAUGUAUUCUCACCACUUGAUCAGAAUGCUCGCGUCUACGAAUCGGCCGCCAAACGCCUUGUUCGGCGCGUCAUGGAGGGCUACCAUGGUACCGUCUUUGCGUACGGCAUGACGGGAACGGGAAAGACCUUCUCCAUGCAAGGCACUGCCAUGUCUCCCGGUGUCAUCCCUCUCGCCAUCACCGACAUAUUCUCGUAUAUUCGCCAAAAUCCUGCCCGCGAGUUUCUGUUGCGUGUCAGCUACCUCGAAAUUUACAACGAGAAAAUAUACGACUUGCUCAAUCCCGACUCGAACGAAGAGAUCAAACUGCGCGAAGACCCUCGCCGUGGAGUCUAUGCGACUCCGCUGAAAGAGGAGAUUGUGCAAAGCCCCAACCAACUUCUUAGAGUCAUUGCACGUGGUGACCAGCAGAGACGUGUGGCAGGCACACAAUUCAACGCUCGCUCGUCGCGCUCACACGCUGUUGUACAAAUCGUGGUCGAGUCGCGUGAACGCUCCGCCGCUCCGGUCGAUGAUUCCAGACGUGAUAAAUUGCUGCCCGGCAGCGUUCUUGUCUCGACUCUCUCCUUGAUUGAUCUUGCUGGCUCCGAGAAGGCAGCCGAGAGCAAGGAGCGACGGACCGAAGGUGGUCAUAUCAACAAGUCUCUACUUACAUUAGGCACGGUCAUCGCUCGUUUAUCUGGCGACAAGGAGCUUGCGGAGAAAGAUCAAAAGCAUCUUCCUUACAGAGACAGCAAACUUACUCGACUUCUUCAACCUGCACUUUCUGGAAACUCAUUGGUCUCUAUCCUGUGUACUGUCCAGCUGUCUUCGGCGUCUAGCAGCGCUGCUGCAACUUCAUCGCACACCACCGAGACCCUCAACACACUGAAGUUUGCAAGCAGAGCCAAAAAUAACCUCGUCAGCCAUGCGAAACGGAACGAGUCAAAUCCUGCCGAUGGCGCAGACCCACGGAGCCGAGCUUUACUUGACCGAUACAAGCUGGAGAUCAUCGAGCUAAGAACCCAACUGGAAGAACAAAGCAAGAUAAAGAAUGAGGCCGAGAAGGCCGAGAAGGCCGAAGUCGAGGAAGAGCGGUGGAGAGAAAGAGAACGCGAGAGUGCCGAGCGCCACGAAGAGCAGAUGCUGGAAAUGCAGCUUGCUAGGACUGCACUCAAGGAGCGUAUCGCACAUCUGAACCGAUUGAUUCUGAGUUCAAAGUCACGAGGAGUAAAUUCGGGGCGAUAUUCUAACGCAAGCUCGAGCAUGCCAGUCCUACAGAGGACCAGCACACAUAGCACGUUGGAUCGGCCAAAGAGUCGAAGACCAGGCAGCAGUGGGAGUCAGACCACUUCGAGUCGUGUCCAGUCCGGUUCCACCGUGGCGGGUAUGCUUCCUAUAGCACGGACAUCGCAAAUCGAACUGGCUUCCGCAUCGGAGGAUGAAAACGAUGAGGAGGAGUCGGCAGCUGACGAGGACGCUCUGGACCCCGGGAGUGCCUCGUCGGCCCGUCGAAUCAGUGCUUUACAGGCCGAUCUCGCAAAUAAGGAUCGCUACAUUGCAACUCUGGAGAAACGCCUCUUGCAAACGAGGAACAAUUCUUACAGCAGGGCGAGCAGUGCAAGGUCUCCUCAACCAAGUCCUGUGCCAUCUCGAAACGGGCAAAACCCAGAUGCUGUGGUCAAAGAAAAGGACCAGGAAAUUGAGCGACUCCGACAAAAGCUCGAAGAUCAGACGCGUAUGGUGACUGCGCUGAGGAAUGCAGCCAGGAAGCGUGACAUGCUUGACACUUCUGGUGUUCUGUCACAACACCCGGCCUUUAGACAAAGCCCUACCACCUCUCCGGAGAAAAGGGAGACAGGCACGCCCUUUCGUAGCAUGAGUCGCCCUGAGCUAUUUCGAAGCACGAGUGGGCCUGCCAGUGCCGCCAACCAGAUGUCACCACCUGGAUCGCCGCCUUCUGGGGUGCAGAAUUUCUCGCGGCUGUCAAAGCAUCCCGCCUCCCUUCUCCCAGCUGACAUGGAAGGGGGCGAUGUCAGCACAAACAUCGGAACUCCUGUCGACCCGUCGAACCACGUAGCGAGAAUUAGGAGCGCUAAAAAUGUGCCCGGCACCAGACGAACCGUGGAUGAGAUGACCAAGCUUCUGGAUGAGAUGAUCCAAGACAAGGUCGACACUGGCCAUGUGAUCCGCGGUGACAGAGGCAGCUUGCGGGUAAAGCGCGACACCGUCAUGAGUCGUGCUGGUAACGAGGACGUUCCCUCGCACGACACCAAAGCAGGCGCAGCCUAUGAGCAGCCUCAGUUCAUAUGA